AUGAUGUCGAGGAGCGUCUUGCGCCAGUCUGGCCGCAUUGCUGGUGCUCUAUCUGCUUCGGGCAGAAUAGCUGCAUCCCGUGUCGUCACCCCGGCGCCUCUCAAUGCUGCUUCAAAACAAAUCCGAUCGUACGCCGCCGAUGCCAAAGCGUCCCCUACCGAAGUUUCCUCCAUUCUCGAGCAAAGAAUUCGGGGCGUACAAGAGGAAGCAGGCCUCGCUGAGACUGGUCGCGUUCUAUCCGUCGGUGACGGUAUUGCCCGUGUCCAUGGCUUGAGCAAUGUCCAAGCCGAGGAGCUGGUCGAGUUUGCCUCUGGAGUCAAGGGAAUGUGCAUGAACUUGGAAGCCGGCCAAGUCGGUGUCGUGCUUUUCGGUUCGGAUCGUCUCGUCAAAGAAGGAGAAUCUGUCAAGCGAACUGGCCAGAUUGUCGAUGUCCCUGUCGGCGAAGCCAUGCUUGGUCGUGUUGUCGACGCUCUUGGUCAACCUAUCGAUGGAAAAGGACCAAUUAAGACCACCGAGAGACGUCGUGCUCAAUUGAAGGCUCCUGGUAUUCUGCCUCGACGAUCUGUCAAUCAGCCUGUCCAGACCGGUCUCAAAUCUAUCGACGCCAUGGUGCCCAUCGGGCGUGGCCAGCGUGAAUUGAUCAUUGGUGAUCGUCAAACCGGAAAGACUGCCGUCGCCCUGGACGCAAUGCUGAACCAGAAGAGAUGGAACAGUGGCAACGACGAGACCAAGAAACUCUAUUGUGUUUACGUGGCCGUUGGCCAGAAGCGAUCCACCGUUGCCCAACUCGUCAAGACUUUGGAGGAAAACGAUGCCAUGAAAUAUUCCAUCAUUGUCGCCGCCACCGCCUCCGAAGCUGCCCCUCUCCAAUACAUCGCUCCAUUCACAGGAACUUCCAUCGGAGAGUGGUUUAGGGAUAACGGGAAGCAUGCUCUCUUGGUGCUAGACGACCUGUCCAAGCAAGCUGUGGCAUACCGUCAGAUGUCGCUGUUGCUCCGUCGUCCUCCUGGGCGUGAGGCCUAUCCUGGUGACGUCUUUUAUCUCCACUCCCGACUUCUGGAACGUGCUGCAAAGAUGAACGACAAGCACGGAGGUGGCUCUUUGACUGCUCUACCCAUCAUCGAGACCCAGGGUGGUGAUGUGUCGGCGUACAUUCCCACGAACGUCAUUUCCAUCACCGAUGGUCAGAUUUUCUUGGAAGCUGAGCUGUUCUACAAGGGUGUUCGACCUGCCAUCAACGUCGGUCUCUCUGUCUCGCGUGUGGGCUCCGCUGCCCAGCUUAAGGCUAUGAAACAAGUUGCUGGUUCCUUGAAACUCUUCUUGGCUCAAUACCGAGAAGUCGCCGCCUUCGCCCAAUUCGGUUCCGAUCUCGACGCGGCCACCAAGCAGACCCUCAGCCGUGGUGAGCGUUUGACGGAACUCUUGAAACAGAAGCAAUAUAGCCCCAUGGCUGUCAACGAAAUGGUUCCCCUCAUCUAUGCUGGUGUCAACGGUCACCUGGACAGCGUCCCCGUCGGCAAGAUCUUGCAAUGGGAAGCCGACUUCCUCGCACACAUGAAGAGCGAUCAAAGUGAACUUCUUGCAAAGAUUGACAAGGAGGGCCAAUUGAGCAAGGACCUCGAGCAACAACUGAAAGAGGUGAUCCAGAACUUCACCAAGAAUUUCUCAUAG